UAAUAACCCAAUUAAAAGUCCGUCCAGAUGUUUGUUGUCGUUGUUGCUGCUCUUGGGGCUGAGGUUGUUUCUUCAUCUGAACAACGAACGCGUCGAGAUCUGACGGGGUGGCGCCACAUCACGUGAUAAUAUCGUUGCGGCGUUUUCGCUUUUGAGGUCGGCUUGUCCGCAGAUAGAGAGCAUCAUCACUCGAUCUUCACCUCAACUUCGACCUCCACAUCAACCCCCUGUGAAGAAAACCGUCGCUUCCCCCCCAAAACUGCCUAAUACUAUACUGAGGCAUUAUAACGAUCCAUCUAGCCAUUAUGUCCCGACGACCAACGGAUGUGGCGUCGAAGGAGCGCAACGAAUAUAUUCCCGCCUUUAUCUCCAAGAAGCCUUUCUACGUCGACGACGAGUCUUCUGCAAAUGACUACCUUGAGCAUCAACGUCUUCAGAAAUCCAAAACAGAGCAAAAAUGGUAUGAUAGAGGGAAGCGUGUAGGGCCAGCUGCGACCAAAUACCGCAAAGGCGCUUGCGAGAACUGCGGCUCCAUGUCCCACAAAGUUAAAGAGUGUCUGAGCCGGCCUAGAAAACUGGGAGCGAAAUGGACUGGGAAGGACAUACAACCAGACGAAGAGAUUCAAAAGGUGGACCUAGAUUGGGAUGCGAAGCGGGAUAGAUGGAAUGGCUACGAUGCUUCGGAAUAUCGGAAUGUGGUAGAGGAAUAUGAAGAGCUGGAAGCGCUGAAGAGACAAGCGAAGGAACGUGCGGAGAGGAAAGAGUUACAGGCUGGCGAUGAGGAGGAGGAAGGUCAUGACGGAGUCGAUGGUGCUGAGGAGGCUAAAUAUGCGGAGGAGUCUGAUAUGGGCCGACAACAGAGUACCGCUACGCGCAAUCUACGACUACGAGAAGACACUGCGAAAUAUCUCCUCAACUUGGAUCUUGACUCUGCAAAAUACGACCCUAAGACGCGCAGGAUGGUGGAUAUGGGCGCGCAGUCAGAUCUGGCUGCUGCUCUCGUUGCGGAGGAGAACUUCAUUCGGGCCUCAGGAGAUGCAGCUGAGUUUGAACGAGCACAGCGAUAUGCGUGGGAAUCACAGGAACGUGGCGAUAAGGACAGACAACAUCUCCAGGCAAAUCCUACAUCGGGCGAAUAUUUCAGAAAGAAAGAAAAGGAGCAGGCGGAAGAAAAGCGCAAGACUCAGCGACAAGCAUUGCUGGAGAGAUAUGGUGGCGAGAAACAUUUACAACCAGCUCCCUUGCGCGAUGCUGCAGUUAUUGAGAACGAACGAUUUGUUGAGUAUGACGAGACAGGUGCCAUAAAGGGAGAGCCGAAAAAGGUAGCGAAGUCGAAGUAUGCGGAGGAUAUACUCAUCAACAACCACACGUCGGUAUGGGGAAGCUGGUGGUCGAACUUUUUAUGGGGCUACGCGUGCUGUCAUUCUACGGUGAAAAACAGUUACUGUACAGGGGAAGAAGGGAAAACUGCGUUUGAGGAGGCUCAAAAUAUGCUACUUAACGAUAUGAAAAUCGCUGGGCAGGAAGAGGAAGAAGGAGGCGAGAAGGAGAGCGCAAAAGAACAAUCUCAACUGGCUAAGAAGCGUGAUAAAUCUGCUCCUGAUAAAAACCUCGGGAAGCGGACUCUCAAGGAAAUGCAGCAGGGCGUUACUGAGGAAGAGCUAGAAGCCUAUAAGAAAUCGAGAAGCGCAGCAGCCGAUCCAAUGGCGGCGUUCCUUGGGAAGGAUGAGCUGGUUCGAUGAUAGUUUUGCCCGGCGGCUCAUAGUUUAAUUAUUUUAUUUCGUCAUGCUGAGCGUGCAAGCGAUUGUUAUUUAUUUAUUUAUUUUACCAUUCCUAGUGGCUAGUGGAAAAUAAGUGUAUGACUAUUUACGAUAUAAUAAUAAUAUAACUAGACUAGGUAUUGAAAUUAUAUCAACAUGCCAUGCCAACAUGCCAACAUGUCAACAACAAUUUGCCCCUUGCUAAUUCCCGUCCCUGGCAUAGAGACGCGUGCCAAGACGCAGCAGCAUCCAGGGUGGGAACAUCAAACAACGCGAUGGAAGUGCAGGGAGCUCAGUACUCAUCGUACACGGGACAUCCCAUUGAUGAUUAAAUUGUAG